AUUUGCUAAAACUAAUUUUAUAUCAUUAUUUCCUACCAAAGAUGAGUAUAGCUCCAAGAAGGUACAGCCUUAACCAAAACAGAGUUAAAUGGGGAAUCCUUAAGAAAUCAUCUAGUUCGAAGAACUGACCUGAAGGAAAUUCCUCCCAAAAUUCAAUGGAAAGCGGACCUAAUAUGGGCAUUAAUAAAAAGAGAAAUUAACAAAUCUGUAAAAAGUGAGAAGAGAAUCUCUAUUAAGCUCAACCUAGAACAUGGUCCUGUUGUCAUCCAACCUAAGCGGCAUUAUAUGAGUCUCCAGUCAGAUGAACUGGAGGAUAGGAAUAUUGUGGGCAAGAGGAAAAGCCUUGCGAUGACUCUUCAGCAAAACUGGAUAAAUGCAGGAAUCGUAGUGCUUAUAAUAACCUAUGCCUUACUCACUUUUUUAUUCAUGGCUGUAGACAAAGGGCUUGAUGAUGACUUGGUUAGGAUAAUUUAUCACUCAGUAGAGUCUGUGUUCAUAGUCUUGUUCAUCUUGGAAAUUAUCUUCUAUAAAUAUGCGUUCAAGGAACUGUAUCUCCAUAACAAGUUUAACAUCAUUAACCUGGUUUUGACAGGGAUAAUAGUGUGAUUCUGGGUCACUGAUAUUUUCGUAGAAGAAUACUGUGUCAGUGUCCUCCUAAGGACUAGAGGAGUCAUGAGGCUCCUCCACGUCCCUGUUAUCUUGGAAAGCAUGAAGUCUUAUCAUAGACUACAGAAAAGUCUUAGCAUAAUGGAGACUAAAGAUGAAAAAGAGAAGCCAAAUGCUGAAAGGGUAGUUGAGACUUUAUUACAGAUCAGCGAUAUCAUCGAGGAACCUAAGAUUUAUAAUGACCUCCAUUUUUGUAUUAAGCAAAUUGCUAGUGGAAAGCUGUAUGAAGUUGAGCAAGUAGACAUGGAAACCGAAGAAGUUAAAUCCUUAAGAAGGAGAAGAGGGGCUAUCCUACAGAUGGAGGAGACAGCGUGGAUCCGCUCAGCAACAAGAAUUAUUAACUUAAAAAGAGAUUCAAAUGACUCUGGGACAAUAAUAAUGGCUGCUGGUGAUAAUCGGAGUUUAGAAUCUCUGCUUAAUUUGAAUUGAAAUUUAACUGAGACGAUGGAAAGUUUAGACACAAUGGAGUUCAAUAUGUUUGCUUUCAAAGAAAAAACAAAGAAUAGGGAGUUAACGACAUUGACUUCUUUGCUUCUUCACAAGCAUUCGCUAUAUUCCGGUUUACAUAUAUCUAUUAACAAAUUUCUUGUAUUCAUGGAUAAGAUAACCUCUGGUUACAAUAAGAGUGUUCGAUAUCAUAAUGACACUCAUGCAGCUGAUGUUUGCCAGACUCUGUACUAUUUCAUAAUUAACGGAAACUGGAUAACAUUAGGAAAAUUGGAUAAUAUAGAUAUCUGAUCCAUGAUUCUCGCAGCUGCAGUUCAUGAUUAUGAGCAUCCUGGCUUAAACAAUAUGUUUUUAAUUAACUCAAAAGAUACAUUAGCUUUGAGAUAUAAUGAUAUCGGAGUUUUGGAAAACCAUCACAUAGCUUCUUCCUCAGCAUUAAUGAAAUUGGAAAAAUAUAAUAUCUUUAGUAAACUUGCACCUGACGAUGCUAUGGGCAUCAGGCAAAGGAUGAUCCAUAUGGUCCUUUCUACUGAUAUGAGCAAACAUUUUUCAGAUCUAGGCAAUUUUAAGCAAAAAUCUACUUCUGAGAAUUUUGAGCCAGAUGAUAAAGAUAAGCUGUUAUGAAUGGGGGUAGGAAUUCAUCUUGCAGAUAUUAGUAAUCCAACCAAAGCUUGGGAACUCACACUCAAAUGGACAGAGCUCCUAUUCGAAGAGUUCUUUAAGCAAGGAGAUAAGGAAAGAGACAUGGGCCUUAAGAUAAGUGACCUCAUGGACCGAAGCACAGUCAACAUUGCUAAAGCUCAGCUGGGUUUCAUUGAUGUAAUCGUUAACCCAGCUUUUAAUGCCUUCAGUGUGUUUUGAAAAUGACUUACUAAAAACAUCAAAAACAUGAAGAAAAAUAGGGAAACCUGGGAAUCACGGAUAGAAGAGUACCAUGAAAGAAUGCUAGGAAAUAUAAAAAGAAUAGAAAAUAACGUCAUUGAAGAAGCUAAAUCAGAAAGUGAAGAAAGUAGUGCAUCAAAUAAAAUGUCCAGCUUCACCGAUUCUAAUGAUGAAUUUACAGACUCAGAUUAUCAGACAGAAAUGAAGAAGGCUGAGCAGCAGCUAAAACUUCUUCGUGAAAAAUCAGAUUUAAGUAAACCACAAUCAAAUGCAGUUCCAAUGAAGAACUUAUCAGGAUCAGAUUUCUAGAUGGAAUCUAAUUUAUUUAACUUUCUACUUAUAAAGUUA